ACUGGCGCCCACUUCCCUCCUAGUCAUCCUGGCCAAGUACCGGCUGGACGGGAGGAAGGACGCCCGGGCGCUCAGCAGCAACUCCCUCACCGAGGGCCCCGAGCAGGACGGCCUGGAGGACCCCCGGCUGGAGAAGCUGUGGCACAAGGCGAAGACCUCCGGCAAGUUCUCCAGGGACGAGCUGGACAAGCUGUGGCGGGAGUUCCAGCACCACCGGGAGAAGGUGCAGGAGUACAACGUCCUGCUGGAGACGCUGAGCAGGACCGAAGAGAUCCAGGAGAACGCCAUCAACCCCUCGGACAUGCGCCACGCACAGGAGGAGGUGCUGCACAGCCGGCACGCGGAGCUCAAGGACCGGCUGCGGCGCAUCAGCCAGGGCUACGACCGGCUGCGGAAAGUCAGCCACCAGGGCUACGGCGCUGAGGCGGAGUUCGAGGAGCCGCGGGUGAUCGACCUGUGGGACCUGGCCCAGUCGGCCAACUUCUCUGAGAAGGAGCUGGAGGCCUUUCGGGAGGAGCUGAAGCAUUUUGAAGUGAAGAUUGAGAAGCACAACCACUACCAGAAGGAGCUGGAAAUUUCGAAUCAGAAGCUGCGGCACGUGGAGCGGUUCGGGGACCACGAGCACCUCAGCCGGAACAAGGAGCGCUACGCGCUGCUGGAGGAGAAGACCAAGGAGCUGGGCUACAAGGUGAAGAAGCACCUGCAGGACCUGUCGGGCCGCAUCUCCCGAGCGCGCCACAACGAGCUCUGAGGACGUCCUGGCGUGGCCCGCGCUCGGGGUGGCGUCUGCGUGAGCCAGACCUGGGACCGGGGACAGCGUGGCCGUGACCAGGGCGGUGGCCUCAGACGCCCCGCAGAGCCGCUGCCCUGCGCCCGAGCGCUGAUUCCCCUGCCGCUGG